AUGGGCCCAUGGCCCAAACCGCCCAGUUCAAAAUGGAAGACUCCGUCCCCGCCGAUGGAUUACCUCUACGCGCCGCAUCCACAGGCGCGGCCGCCGCUGCACUCUGCGCAUUCGACAGGCUCCUUCAGCCGAAUAUCGACUGUCUCGGACCUCACAGAGUUCGACAACGUACAACCACGUCCGUCGCUGGUCUCCCUUCAGUCGGAUUACGACAAUGGUGGAUCUAAUCAUCAAGGUUAUGACGCCAAAAGAGAAAGCGGACAUGUCUACACGGGAGCCCAGACUGGCUGGUCUGCGCUAGUAAACUUGCCAAGUUUAGGAGGGGGAGGCGCUAGAAAUAGCAGCUACGAGCCAGUGCAGGGGCAGUUCUCGGAACACUCAUCACUAAACCAACAUCAAACUCCACCAUUCGAGCGCAACAGACAUGGCCAGGGCCGCUCCUUUGCCGCCCGCGCUGCUCAUCUGAACCGACGACCUGAUGCGAUUCCGGAAGAGGAUGGCAUCGAUCUCGGCCUCAUCCAGUCCGCCGCGCCCCUAGGCGGCAGCCCGGCUCCAGCUCCAGUCCCCUACCUACGCGUGGAGCCUGUCUUCGAUGUCAGUGCAGCCUUGGGUCCGUCCACUGAUGCGGACGACAAGUUCAUCAGGUCACUACAAGAACAGGAAGCCCAGGGCAAACUCACUGGUGGCUUGGGUGCUGGAAUUCGCACAGAUGCCGUCGUGACCGAAUCGGCUCUGCUGGCUACAAGUCCCAUCUCUGACCGAGGCUCCUCUAUGCGGCGCUCGUUCACGCGAGCUGCUGCACGUCUAAGCCGGCAUGACACCGUCAAGCAGUUGGCGCAGCAGGAGGCGAACAAAAGAGGGAAAGUGAUCGAGGUGGUGAUGGACGACGAUGUUGUUAGCAAUUUGGGAAAGUUUGACUUGAGCGUCAUGGCUGGACCAGACGGAGAAUCAAAGAGUCCGUAUGGGCAAAUGCGGCAGACGACAUUUCCUUCAAUGAAGAGGACGGAAAAGCAUGUGUUCUACCCAACGCCUGACUGGAAGCCCUUCUCCAUGAGAUGGCCAUAUCUGGUGUCCCUUAUUAUUGUUUCCAUUGUGGCGGCCGGCGGCGUGGAAGUCCUUUACCAAAGAUCAGCCAAGCAGCCAUUGGUGGUCUUCAAGUCACCCACCGAUAUAACACCCACGGCGUAUUUCUGCGUAAAAUUCCUGCCGACGCUCAUCGCCGUCACGUAUGGUGUGCUCUGGCAGAUCACCAACUUCCAAGUGAUGCGCCUAGAGGCUUUCUACCAGCUCUCGAAGGAGGACGGUUCCCUCGCAGCAGAGUCCAUCAACGUGGACUACUUCAGCUUCUUCAACCUCUUCCGACCUAUUCGUGCCCUUCAUUACAAACACUAUGCGGUAGCGGUUUCUACCAUAGCAAGUCUUCUCGCCAAUGCGCUGGUUCCGACUCUCUGCUCCGCCUGCAUCGUCCUCUCACCCGACCGCGACACGCGCCUCCGGAACCCAAACGACGAGAAGCGCAUUUCCAUCCACGCCGUCUGGCCACGUAUCCUCACCCUCACACUCGUCACAAUUGCCGUAUUUGGCUGCGUUCUCUUCUACCAACUCCAAAGCCGUCGCUCCGGCCUCCUCGCCGACGUCAAGGGCAUCGCCGGUCUCGCUUCCAUGGCCACCGUCAGUCACAUCCUCAUGGACUUCAAAGACAUGGACGUGGCCACGCACAAGGACAUCCACAACAAGCUCAAGAACCACCGCUACGUUCUGCGCAACUCAGCCCUUGCGCCCGCCGACGAAGUCUACAACAAACCGCUGUCUAAAAAGGAACAAGACCGCGAGCGCUACACAGGCAGCCACCUCGACGAGAACCCGCACCCGCUCUCCCUGCGUGCUGCGGGCGCCAUCCCUUUUAUCACCUUCAUCACCCUCUUCUCCGUCCUGAUCCCCUGCGUUCUCUUCACGCCCGCCAAUGUCCUGGCCGACCGCGCGCCCUGGGUGAUCACCGCCCUAGCCGUCUGCCUCAAGCUCAGCUGGGGCGCCAUGGAAACGGACGUGCGCAUGAUGGAGCCGUACUACAUCCUCUCUACAAAGCGGCACGCGCCUCCCAAGACACUGACGCUCGACUACAGGUCCAUGCCCUUCGGCGGGUGGGUCGCGCUUAAGGGCGCCAUGAACGGACACUGGCUAGUGAGCUUCGUCGGGUUUGGUAGCGUCAUGGCGGAGUUUUUGACGGUGUUGGCUACGAGCUUGGCAAGCGUCGAGGGGAGGGUGUUUGUAAAGGCCACGAAGGAAGCGUUGUUGCUUAAUGGGAGAUCUGAGUUCAUCGAGGCUGGGGACGACAAGAAUGAUACAAACUCAAUCAACGCGUGGCAGGAAACGCCGCUUUCCUUUUGGAUCUCACUGUGUUUGGCGGACUUUGUUCUGCUUUACAUGGGAGUGAUGGCAACUAUCGUGUUCGUUCGGCGGCGCCGUGUGUUCUUGCCGCGGCAGCCCAAUACCAUUGCGAGUGUGUUGGCGUAUAUCCACCAAAGCAAGAUGUUGUACGAUUUUGUGGGGACAAAUAAGCUGAGUGAUGCCGAGAUGGUCAAGAAGUUGGAGGACCAGGUGGGCAAGACUUAUGGGUUGGGAUGGUUCCAGGGACGAGAUGGGCAGAUUCAUUGUGGUGUGGAUGAAGAGGAGUUGUUGACGGGGUAUAGGAGGGGGAUGGAUUAUUCGAAGGCCACAAAGCCGUGGGCGGAGGGGGUGGAGUGGUUGUAAUUCAUUUUGG